AUGGACGAAGGAAGGGACUUACCCAAGAGGCCGUGGGACACCUGCCGAGAGGUCCCCGCCAUCGGAGAUGAGCGGACGCCGUGGAAGAUGCUCAAACUGCUGGCGAUCAUCUCAACCACUGUGGUCGCUGUGGUUGUGUUUGGCUUGGCCCUGUGUAGCAAGGCGGCUUUUCUCCUCCUCAUCACGUUGUCCAACUACGGCACGAAGACCCUCACGGAUGAGCAGAGGCCCGUCGCCCUGCUGUGCAUCGGCUGCGUUCUCAUCGCCUCCAGCGUGCUUCUCUUCCUGACGAGCAUCUGGAAGGCGUGUCACAAAAGCUCAAAGAUACCGCGCAAAAGCACUGUCGCCGUGGUUCUGGUCUUCGAGUUCCUGGUAGCUAUGGGCGCGUCGAUCCUCACCAUCAUCGCGAUGCCGCACCUGGACAUCGUGACCAACAUAACGAUCCUGAGCAGCGUGGCCGUCGUCUCGGCGCUCCUCCAGGUGAUCACGCAGUGCACCGCCAAGGCAAAGAAGCGCUUCCUGGUGCCCUCCAUCAUCGCCUUGAUCCUCAUCUUGCUCGGUUACGCCCUGUUCGUCUACCUGUACAUCACGAAGGAUCUCAAUGACACCAAGACCAUCAUUUGGGUGGGACUGGCUGUCGGUGGGUCUAUCUUGAUGUCUUUUACCUGGUGGGAGAACUACUUCAGGCUGAUCAGCCAGAACAGCAGCUCCGUCUUCCUCAGCCUGCUGAUGAGAGACGUGAAAAAGUGCCAGAACAUGCUGAACAUCAUGUCCAGCCUGCUCCGGAUCGCGGUGACCGCCGUCGUGCUCGGAGCCUACAUCCCUCUGGUCAAAAUGGACUGGAACGCCGUGACCUCCAUCCCAACCCGCGAGACAAGAAUUAUAGCCAUCAUCAUCGGGGUCCAGCUAGUCUCCUCCUCACUCUGCCACUGGUUUUCAUUGGCGGCCUGCAAGAUGCACGCCCUGCGCCGGUGCUUCAUCCUGCCUUUGCACCUGGCCUCUCUGGCCGUCAUGGUUCUCUUCGUCGUCCCCGUCAUCGUUUACUAUCAAGACUACAAAACGAGCCUGAACGGGACCGCGAUCGACUUCGCAGGCUACUGCAGCCAAGUCGUCGAUACAAGAAACCAAAGCCUGAACGGCAGCGUGUUCCCGGGCCUGGUUCUGGAUGUUACACACACUCUGUGCGUCCUGGACAUGUCCAAGCCAUUUGACAUUGGCAUGCUGACAGGCUACGCAGUUUGCUGGUGGCUCGGCCUUGUGUUGGCCACCGUCCACAUCUGGUACCUCAGUCUGUAUCGUAUCCAGAGGACCCAGGACCUGUUCACCCGGCGGCUGUUCGAGGGAGGGUUCCUAGACCAGUCGCUGCUUCUGAACACUCGAUUCGAAAUCCAGACGUCUUCAAGGAGAAAGCAAUUCAAAUCUCUCGACCCGGUGAAAGUCUUCAUUUGUGCGACCAUGUGGCAUGAAACCCACGAAGAGAUGAUGAAUAUAAUCAUUUCGAUAUUCCGACUGGACAGAUACAGGCCGAAUAAGGAAGAACAAAUGAGUGACGUUACCUUCGAGGGACAUAUCUACUUCGACGACGCCUUCAAAAGUGUUCCCGGGAGCCAGGGGCACAUCGUCAACGAAUACGCCGAGAUGCUCGUGAACAUUCUCAGAGAGGUUUACGGUAUCUUCUUGAACAUCAACAAAGGCUACUUCACAAAGCAGCAGCAGAUCCCCGAUCAGACGAUCAUAACAACGCCGUACGGAGGCCGCGUGGUGCUCACCAUGCCUCAGGGGAACACGCUAACAGUUCACUUCAAGGACAAGACGCUCAUCCGCCACAAGAAGAGAUGGUCCCAGGUCAUGUAUUUGUACUACCUCCUUGGCUGGAAAGAGUUUGAUCUGAAAGAAAGGUUUGAGGUAAAACGCAAAUGGACACACACACACACACACUCACACACACACACACCAGUGCAUACCUUCCAAUAUCUGUAUGUGAACAGAAGCUAACUGAAUCUGUUCCCCCAGAAAGAGAAGCACAACACCUACAUCCUGGCUCUAGAUGGAGACACAGACUUCCAGCCGGCAGCCGUGAUGCUGCUCAUCGAUCGUCUGAAACUCUACCCGCUCGUCGGAGCCGCGUGCGGCCGAAUUCACCCCACCGGAACAGGUCCCAUCGUCUGGUACCAGAAGUUUGAGUACGCGGUGGGUCACUGGCUGCACAAGACGGCGGAGCACGUGUUCGGCUGCGUCCUCUGCAGCCCCGGCUGCUUCAGCCUGUUCAGGGCAGCGGCGCUGAUGGACGACAACGUGAUGAAGAGAUACACCCUGAAGUCCACGAAGGCGAUACAGCACAUCCAGUACGACCAAGGCGAGGACCGCUGGCUGUGCACUCUGCUGCUGAAGCAGGGUUGGCGAGUGGAGUACAACGCGGCCGCCGAUGCCUACACCAACGCCCCGGAGGACUUUAAAGAGUUUUACAACCAGCGUCGCCGAUGGGGACCGUCCACCAUGGCCAACAUAGCCGACUUGCUGGGCUGCACCACCAUGAUCUCCAAGAGGAACCCGUCCAUCUCCAAAGCCUACAUGUUCUACCAGUUCCUGAACUUGGUCGCCGGCAUUCUGGCACCUUCCACCGUCGUCCUUAUGAUUGCAGGUAGUUUGACAGUGCUGCUGGAUUUACACCCGAGCAUCGCUCUGCUCGUGGCCGUGAUACCACCGGCCAUCUUCCUCGGGGUUAGCUUCAAGAUCGAGGCCGACACUCAGAUCAAGAUCGCAGGAGUCUUGAGCGUCAUCUACGCCUUCCUCAUGAUCGUAGUCGGGAUUUCCAUAACAGGCAACAUCGUGAAGCAAGGAACCCUCCUGACUCCCAGCAGCCUCUUCAUCAUCGCCCUGGCCAGCUUUUACCUCUUCACCUCAAUCCUGCAUCCUCAGGAGAUCGGCCUGAUUUGCUACGGCUUGAUUUACAUCAUCUCCAUCCCCAGCGCCUACUUGCUGCUGGCCAUCUACUCCAUGGUCAACAUGAACAACGUGUCCUGGGGCACCAGGGAGACGGCGCCGGCUGCCGGAGCCGCCGCCUUGGAAGUCGCAGUCCCUCAAACCGCCGCCCAGAAAGCCAAAUCUUCCAUCAAUCGGUUCUUCUCGCGGUCCAAAUGCUGCCGAAAACUCUGUCACACCGGCAGCGCCGAAGAGCUCAGCCUCAACCAGGAGGAGGCGGAGGCUCAACCCCAGAACAGUGUGGUGGAGGACGUGAGGACGCAUGUGGAGGAGGAGUCGAGGCAAGUGCCAGAAUACACCGUCACUCACCAAAAUUGGGUCACACAGCUGCAGAGUCUGAAUGACGACAUGCGUCUGACUGAGGAAACGUUCGACAAGGAAGAGGAGCAGUUCUUCAGAGAUCUCAUGACCAAAUACCUGGAGCCUCUUCCCGAGAACAAACAGGAGAAGAAAGAGAUGAUGGACAGCCUGAGGGAGCUGAGAAACAAGAUUAGCUUCAUCUACUUCAUCGUCAACGCCUUCUGGCUCAUCGUGACCUUCACGCUCCAGCUCCUGGACUCGUCCGUCUUCAUCAAGGUGCCGAAGAUAAACAACAACCUGGAGUACACCGGAGAGUACAUCUUCAUCGACCCCGUGGGCUUCAUGUUCAUCCUGUCCUUCGUGCUGCUGGUCAUCAUCCAGUUCUUCGGCAUGCUGUUCCACAGAAUAUACACCCUGAUCCAUUAUGUGGCCUUCAUGGACACAGAGCCCAUGUCCAAACAGGAAAUACCAGAACUAGAAGAAGAACUACAAAAAAAACCAAAGAAAUUUGAAGAGGACAACGGCGACGACGGCGACAACGGCGACGACGGCGACGACGGCGACGACAGCGACGACUCCGACGACUCCGACGACUACAUGUUGCCCAGCAUGCUCGGCCGGGGCGCCAGGAGCGGCACGAUGGUGUGACGCACGACGCGCCCCCAACACACACACACACACACGCGACCCCACGACCCCCGACGAUGACCUCUCCUUCGCACUUUGAAGCAAACUAUUUUUUCUGUGUGUAUCGCAUUCAAAUAGUUUUUAGAGUCCGUUUGUGAUUAUUAUUAUUUCUUUAUUUUUCCUUCCGAGGACAAAAAAAAGUGCCACGUUAAAACCGAUGACUCAGACACUGCGGGCGUAAAAAGAGGAGCAGGCAGUGUGUGUGUGUGUGUGUGUGUGUGUGUUUGAUGAGUGAAAUUGACAAUGAUAGCGUCAAAUCAAAUAUUUUUAAUUCGUGGCCGACAGCUCGAGGAUGAAUGAAGUAAACAAAAAGUUUUUUUUUAAUGUAAACAAUCAACAGAAUGGAAUUUUUUUUGACACAACAAGAAGGAAAAACUGGAACUGAAAACAAUGAGCCGACACACGGGGCAUUGCUGUCACUUUAUUUCCGAAGUCUCUGCAUUGAUGCUUCACACGCAAUAUGAAGAAUAACCGAGAAGUGUGUGAAGGUCAACAUGCACAAUGUGAAGAGGAGAAAACUGACGGCAUCUUUUUUUUAUUUAACAAAUUAAUCUGUCGUUUGUGCUUAUUUGUAAUAUUUUAAUCACUUUUAUCCUGAUUUCUUUUGCUACUUAAUGUUUUAUAUGAUUACGUAAAACUGGUGCCUUAAAAUAAAGGCACAUGGGACUGGCCAGUACAGAGAACAGGAAACUAAAUGUUUUAACUCUAACCUUUGCUAACAUUAUAUGCAAAAAUUGCAACUCAACUAUUAAAAGAAUGCACAUUUUGAUGAACUUCUCAGGUCUGAUUUUGUCUUUAAAUGGUGUAUUCUAAAGGUAAACAUGGAACAUAUUUUGCAAUUACAUCUCUUAAAAAAACAUGUAUGUCGUGUAGAGUCUAAUAUAACAGUUGGCGGGGUUUUUGUUGUUGAAAUCUUUCAUUUUUUGUGAAUAUUAUUGGGACGGAUAUAUGAUUAUCUGUGACAUUUUACAAUUUUACCUCAUUUAACAUUGAACCGGGUUUGCAUUGUUGCUGUGAUUAUUGAUUCAUAAUUUGCGUGCAUUCGGUCAUAUCCUCCAUAUAUACUGUAUAUCCAUGGGUUUGUGCACUUUUGAAGUCUCCAUAUGUUGUUCUUUGUAAUCAAUGAACAGAAGUUGCCAUAUUUACAUAUGUUAUGCAAAAAUAUUCACAAUUCCAACUUUUUCUCAGUUUUUAUAUGAUUGCAUAUUACACACGUCUGAAUUGUUUGGACUCGUAUCAACGUGUCCCCUCGGGCUCCCGACGUGGGAAUGUUUCACUUCAGAGAAUAAACAACUCGUUGUUAGGAAAAGUCUUGCAAUAAAAAGAUUAUUUGAACAUUGUAAUAAUCUUUUCUCUUUUGAUCCAAGUGGGUUUUGGAUGAAUUACAAGAGGAGCUUCUUCCCUACUCAGGAAUUGUAUUGGUUUAAAACGUGAUGUCACCAACAAAGAAAACAAAACCGAAGCCAUAUAACCCGACAUGUACUGAGCUCCAUUGUUGAGCUGAGAUUAUUGUAUUCAAGGUGUCAGACGAGACCGUUUUACAAGACUACUGUGUACCAUUUCAAAUAACAACUUGUCUAUUUAGUUUGGCUCUGGGUAGUAAACCAGGAGACGAGAGAAAAACACAACAAUAAAAUGUCUUGUUUAUUCUAUCAAACUGUAGAAAACAAGUGUAAAUUACAAAAGUGUGCCUUUUUAUUUAAUCCAUACAUACUGUACGUGUUUUUUCAUGAAAUAUUUCUAUUUAUUUGUUGUCCCUGUAUUGUCUUCAAAAAGGAGUUUGUGUUUUUCUAUAUCAUGUUUUUUUUGUGUUGGUUUGGAUAACAAAACGAGUUAAAACACAGUUUUUAUUUGAACAAUAAUGGAUUUACCUUGAAACUGCACCUGGCUCAUGUUUCAGUGAUUAUUUUUAAUGCCAUUUAUUAAACUUAUUUACAAGCUUUAGUGGACUGUGCAGUAAGUUAUCUGCAGUUAUGGAUGUAUUCAGUAUAUUUUGAACGUGAAUGUGAAACUGCUUAUGUAAUCUGCUUCCUCAUACCCAGGUGGCAGGGUGUGCGUGUGUGUGCAGAAUGUCUAAUAUUUGGUUGAAAGAAAGUACCGAUGCAUCAUUAUCUGUCAGUUCGGCCUGUUUUAAAUAUAUUGUAUAAAUAUAUAUAUGAGUAACAAAUGUCUCGGAUGUUGAAACAAAUGUCGAUAUGAUUUAAUUUUAAAUAAAAUGCUCUGGAAUUUGGUCAGGAGGAGGAAUUAGGAACCAGGAAACCAGCAAAUGAUUCUUAAAAUAAAAAUGUAAAAAAACA